UCGAGCCGGUGUGUGCGUACGUGCGUGUCUUUGUUUUUAUGUGCUGAUGCAUGUGUCAUCAGGUUUCACCGUGCAGACACAUAACUGUCCCAUCACAGUCUUCGUCAUCAUCAUCAUCAUCGUGAAGGCUUUCGCGAUGGGCUCGAAGCGACGGAGAGCCACGUCUCCGUCCAGCAGUGUGAGUGGAGGAGAUUUUGAGGACAGCCAAAGCACAUCCAUACCUUCAACUAGCAGGAAGAGAAGAAGAAUCACAAAUAUACCCACCGUUGACCCCAUUGCUGUGUGUCACGAGUUGUACAACACUAUCAGAGACUAUAAAGAUGAUCAGGGCAGAAUGCUGUGUGAACUUUUUAUCAGAGCACCAAAAAGAAGGAACCAGCCAGAUUACUAUGACGUGGUGUCUCAGCCCAUAGACAUGAUGAAGAUCCAGCAGAAGCUGAAGAUGGAGGAGUAUGAUGAUGUUGAACAGCUCACGGCCGAUUUCCAGCUCCUUUUCAACAAUGCCAAGAGUUAUUACAAACCAGAGACUCCAGAAUUCAGGGCGGCGUGUAAACUUUGGGAUCUGUAUAUCCGCACCAAAAAUGAGUUUGUGCAACGAGGGGACUAUGACGAAGAUGACGACGAUGGGGACGAUGCACAGGAAAACCCUUCAGGCUCCACAGAGGAGGAGUCUGUCUCAAGUCUUAAGGAAGUACUCGGGCAGCUCCUGGAAGCUGCGCUGACAUACACAGAACAUGGACGUCUCAUUAGCGAGCUCUUCCAGAGACUUCCUUCUAAAGUGCAAUAUCCAGAUUAUUAUGCUAUCAUUAAGGAGCCGAUAGAUCUGAAGACCAUUGCACAGAGAAUACAGAUGGGCUUCUACAAAAGUGUAAACCAUAUGGCAAAAGACAUUGACCUGUUAGCCAAAAAUGCCAAAACCUACAAUGAACCCGGAUCACAAGUAUUUAAAGAUGCAAAUACUAUCAAAAAGAUAUUUGCACAGAAGAAGAUGGAGCUUGAACAUGCUGAACCGGUUAAAACCAGCAUCAGAAUCAGGAACAGAAGGUUUGCACAGGGAGAUCGUCUCUCCUCUAUCACGACAGCUCUUCAGUACGGUUCAGAGAGUGAGGAAGACACCAUACUGACUGGCUCUGUUCAUUACGAUGAGGGUGAAUCUGAGGCGGAGAGCAGUCUAUCCAGCAUGGAUAUGAGCAACCCCAUCUUUCAGAUGUAUGAGGCCGUGCGGGGUGUCAGGAACAGUCAGGGGCAACUCUUAGCCGAACCCUUUCAUCAGCUGCCCUCCAGGAAAGACUACCCUGACUACUUCCAGCAAAUCAGCCAUCCAAUAUCCCUCCACCAGAUAAGGAGUAAGAUGAGAAACAAUGAAUAUGAAAGUGUGGAACAGAUAGAUGUGGAUCUUAACCGGAUGUUUGAGAACGCAAAGCGUUACAACGUCCCCAACUCCCAAAUCUACAAGCGCGUCCUAAAGUUGCAGCAAAUAUUGCAGAUAAAGAAAAGAGAACUGAUGAGGAGAGAUGAUGAAGAUGACAGCAUGCUGUCAUCCACACUUUCUGAUGGAGGCAGCAUUAAGCGCAAAAGCCACAAGAAGAACACAAAGAAGAACCGCAUGAAGGCUCUGUACGCUGCUGUGGCGGAGGCUCGGGAGAUGGGCACGGGGCGGAGGCUAUGUGACCUCUUCAUGGUGAAGCCCUCAAAGAAAGACUACCCAGAUUACUACAAGAUCAUACUGGAGCCAAUGGACCUGAGGAGCGUAGACCACAACAUCCGCUCCGACAGGUAUCCCAGCGAGGACUCCAUGAUAGAGGACAUGAAGCUAAUGUUUCGUAACGCACGUCACUACAAUGAAGAAGGAUCACAAGUAUACAACGAUGCCAACAUUCUUGAGAAGAUUUUGAGAGAAAAACGAAGGGAACUCGGACCCCCGCCCGAUGAUGAUGACAUUAUUUCACCCAAGCUGAAAAUCCGGAAAAGUGGCGUCUCUCCUAAAAAAUCCAAGUACCUGACGCCUUUGCAGCAGAAACUCAAUGAGCUCUAUGAAGCCGUGAAGAACUACACCGACAAGCGUGGACGUCGCCUCAGCACAAUCUUCCUUCGUCUUCCGUCCCGUGCCGAACUUCCAGACUACUACGUGGCCAUCAAGAGACCAAUAGACAUGGAGAAGGUCAAGGGUCACAUGCUGUCCAACAAGUACCAGGAUGUUGACGCACUUGUGGAAGACUUGGUUUUGAUGUUCAACAAUGCUUGCACCUACAACGAGCCUGAAUCGCUGAUCUACAAAGACGCAUUGGUGCUUCACAAAGUGCUUUUGGAGACCAGGAGAGAUUUGGAAGGUGGAGAAGAUGCCCACGUCCCGGAUGUCGCGCGACUUAUUCAGGAACUCGUACGCAACCUUUUCGUGUCGGUGCUCGGUCACCAAGACGAUGAAGGUCGCUGCUAUAGCGACUCGCUGGCGGAGAUUCCAGCAGUUGAUCCUAAUAAUCCUGAUAAGCCUCCGUUGAACUUCGAGAUCGUCAGAGCGAACGUAGAUAAGGGACGUUAUAGAAGACUAGAUGUGUUUCAGGAUAACAUGUUUGAAGUCUUGGAGAAAGCCAGACGCCUACACAGGACGGAUUCAGAGAUCUUUGAGGACUCUGUGGAGCUCCAGCAGUUCUUCAUCCGGAUCAGAGACGAGCUGUGCAAGAACGGAGAGAUUCUUCUGUCGCCUGCCCUCAGCUACACAACCAAACAUCUGCACAGCGACGUGGAGAAGGAGAAGAAAGAGAAGCUGCCGAAAGAGUAUGAAGAGGAUAAACUCAAGAGAGAGGAGGAGAAGAAAGAGGCUGAGAAGAGUGAAGAUUCAUCAGGUGGUGGAUGGCAGGGAGUCCUGCAGCGUAACUACAGCCAGGAUUGCAGCUUUAAGGAUAGCAUGUAUCAUGUGGGAGAUUAUGUGUAUGUGGAGCCCACAGAACCAAACCUGCAACCGCACAUUGUCUGCAUAGAGCGCCUAUGGCAGGAUGAUGCAGGAGAGAAGUGGCUUUAUGGCUGCUGGUUUUACCGACCCAAUGAAACAUUUCACCUGGCCACACGGAAAUUUCUGGAGAAAGAAGUUUUCAAAAGCGACUAUUACAACAAAAUUCCUGUCAAUAAAAUAUUGGGCAAAUGCGUUGUCAUGUUUGUGAAGGAGUAUUUCAAACUUCAGCCAGACAGCUUCAGACCUGAAGAUGUUUUCGUUUGUGAAUCUCGCUAUUCUGCGAAGACCAAGUCCUUCAAAAAGAUCAAGAUGUGGACGAUGCCCCUUAGCUCUGUGAAGUUUGUUCCCCGUGAAGUGCCCUUACCCGUGGUCCGUGUGGCCUCGAUGUUUGCGCCUAAACAGGACAGCGAGAAGCUUCCCGAGAUGCCAGAUGAUGGCAAAGCUGCACCUUCUAUUAUAGAUAAAGAGAGGGAAGAUGUUCCCAUGGAGGUCAGUAAUGGAGAGCCGGGUUGCCAGUAUUACGAGCAACUCUGCUAUAAUGACAUGUGUUUGAAAGUGGGAGACUGUGUCUACAUCCGCUCUCAUGGGCUCGUACGCAACCGGGUGGGCAGAUUAGAGAAGAUGUGGGUGCGAGAUGGAGCCGCCUACUUUUUCGGACCCAUCUUUAUCCACCCUGAAGAGACCGAACAUGAGCCCACUAAGAUGUUUUACAAGAAGGAAGUGUUCCUCAGCAACCUGGAGGAAUCCUGCCCUAUGACUUGUAUAGCAGGGAAGUGUACAGUGUCGUCUUUUAAAGAUUUCCUGUCAUGCCGGCCCACUGAAAUGCCAGAGGAGGACGUGCUGUUGUGUGAGAGCCGCUACAUUGAAAGUGAGAAGCAAAUGAAGAAGUUCAAAGGGCUGAAGCGCUUCUCUCUGUCUGCCAAAGUCGUCGAGGAUGAGAUCUACUACUUCAGAAAGCUCAUCGUCCCGCAGAAGGAGCCGUCUCCACUGCUGGACAAGAAGAUCGAGGAGUUGGAGGCCAAGUUUGCAGACAUGACGGAUGAAGAGCUGGAGGACUUGGGUGAUGAUGAUGGAGACGGUUCAGAUGCUCACUGCAUGCCUCGGCAUCACACCCCACUGACCAGUGAUAUGGAGCUGCUGCAUUACGCCCCUCCUCAGUCCACGCCAAAGUCAAUAAAGGGGUUGUCGAAGAAAGAAGGGGCGAAGAGGAAGAUCAACAUGAGCGGUUACAUCCUCUUCAGCAGCGAGAUGAGAGCCGUCAUUAAAGCCCAGCACCCUGACUUCUCUUUUGGGGAGCUCAGUCGACUGGUGGGCACUGAAUGGAGAAAUCUGGAGGCUACUAAGAAAGCAGAGUAUGAAGAACGGGCAGCUAAGGUAGCGGAGCAGCAGGAACGAGAACGGACGGCGCAUCAGCUGAACCCGAGAGCAGGUACCCCAAUAGGGGCGCUCAUUGGGGUGGUACCUCCCCCGAUCCCCAUGGGGAUGCUUAGCCACAGCAUGACGCCUAUGGCAGGUAUAAAUGGAUUGGCACCGGGUUCAACCGGAAACACUUACGGGACUCAGAUGGGUGUAAUGAACUCAGGCCAACAGAAUCCCCCACCCUACCCGGGACAGGUCGGUCAGGCCGCUCUGCAGCAGCCCUCCACCCCUAUAUUUGUAGCUCCUCCACCCAAACCCCAGCGCCUCUUACAUUCAGAUGCAUAUCUGCGGUAUAUAGAGGGACUGAGCGCUGAGUCCACUACCGUGAGCAAAUGGGACCAAACACUGUCUGCUCGCAGGAAAGAUGUGCGGCUCACAAAAGAGCAAGAGAGCCGUCUUCCCUCCCACUGGCUGAAGAGUAAGGGAGCUCAUAAGACUAUGGCCGAUGCUCUCUGGCGAUUAAGGGACCUAAUGCUCCGAGACACACUUAACAUUCAACAGACAUAUAACAUUCAAAACAUCUAAACCAUUCCUUCUCAUUCAAAGGAAUGAGUCGUUCCUUAAUGGGAUAGUUCACCCAAAAAUGAAAAAUGUUGUCAUCAUUUACUCAUCCCCAUGUUGUUGUAAACCUGUAUGAGUUUCUUUAUUCUGUUGAAUCCAAAAGAAGAUAUUUUGAUAAAUGAUUGUAAGCACACAGUUGACGGUACCCAUUGACUUAUGACUUGCUUACAGUCAUUUAU